UCGAGAAGUAAUAUUCUUUGAAUUCAAAAUGUUUGUUUUCAUCUACUUUUCUGUUUGGAUUUUGUGCAGAGAAAUCACCAUGAUUCAUGGAUCAGAGUUGGCCUGUUCAGAAAAAUCGAACAUUGUCAACAAACUAAAAUUAUUGUGUGAUGGAUUAGACACAGGUAAAGAAUCUGGAGAUUACAAUACCAGUGUUAGUGCAUCAGGUUUUUCAGCCUCUGUAAGUAGACCUAAAUAUGUGGUGAGAGGACAUAUUGUAAGAUUUGACAAAGUAUGGAGCAACAUUGGAAAUAAUUAUGAUCUACAAUCUGGUGUAUAUACAGCCCCGAAAGAUGGUGCAUAUCAUUUCUCUUGUUCAGUAAUGUCUGGUGGUAAUAAAGCGAUUCGUGUAAGUCUGUGGAAAAUAACCUAAAGACUGUUUCAUCUUAUUCUUACGAUUCUAACAGUGGAACAUUGAACUUGGUACUCGACUUGAAAAAAGGAGACAAAGUAUGCAUUAAACAAGAUCAUAAUGAAAACUACAUAUAUUCUGAACCUGAAUAUAACUUCAGUAUGUUCUCUGGUUUUCUCAUUUCAUGAGUAACCAAGUCAGAAUUAUGAUGCAGAUAAGAAUCCAAUAAAAUACAUUUU